AUGCAUAUCAAAAAGUUCGUCUACCAGGCGAUCAAACCUCGCUUGAGUCUCACGGACUCUAGUUCUGCUGGUGAAGAUGCAGAGCAUCUCCUGGAAAAGGAGGAAUUGUAUCGACGGCAAAAUGGACGUGCUUGUCUGAAUUCAUCCAUCUAUGUUUGGACGGUUCACAUCAUUCUUUUACUGCUAUCGUCAUCCUUCUUCCUUCAGGGAAUCAAACAGAGGUACCCCACAGAUCAAGAUUGUGUUGCCCAACUAUCUGCCUACUCACCGGCGUUAGGGGCAGUGGAGUAUAAGAUGGUCCGGUUUCAAGGGGCCCUGCUCAAUAAGAGCCCUUACAAAGGAGCACCCAGCCCCGAGAUAGAUGCUGCAUGGGACGAAAUAGUAAACAUGGGACAAAUCAAAGUCCAUCCCGAUGAUCUGAAGCACUUGCAAAAGCCGACGACUCAAGCUAAAUUGCGGACUCCAGAUGGGGAGUGGUAUACCGGUGGUUUAGAAGUAUUCCAUCAACUACACUGCGUGAAUCUAAUUCGGCAAUAUACGUAUUUAGACUACUAUCACCGUCCUGAGAACCGACCUCCUGCUUUUACGGAUUCCAACGAGACACUUCGUCUGCACAUUGACCAUUGCAUCGACAUGCUUCGACAAGUAGUGCAGUGCCAAGGAGAUGUUGGCAUCGUGACUAGCAGUUGGGUGGCGGGUUUUCCUGAUCCAUAUCCCGACUUCAACAGCUGGCAUAAGUGCCGUAAUUUCAAACCCUUGAAUGACUAUACUCAACAACAUCUGCUGUCGGGACAUAUCACGAAGACCUCUGAGGAUUUGACUCUUUCACGACCACCCUGUGAGGGUGCUGGUCCAGAGGAGAUUUGUCCAUAG